AUGGGAGAUCCCACAUUCAGCUUUGAGGGGUAUGUUUCAGACAAGCUGGGACUACGCGAAGAGGACGAGGUUUAUUGUAUUCCAUACCAAACAAACUCGUGCAAAGACCCAAAUUGUUCCAAACAGCAUGUCAAAUUAAACACAGCGGUGGUCUGCAAGCACUGGCUCCGUGGAUUGUGCAAGAAGGGAAUCAAAUGCGAGUUCAUGCAUGAAUAUGAUCUCUCUAGAAUGCCAGAAUGUUAUUUCUUCAGUAGCUAUGGAGAAUGCAUGAAUCCAGAGUGUAACUACAUACACAUAGAUCCAAACAGCUCUUCAAAGGAAUGCCCAUGGUACAACCGUGGGUUCUGCAGAAAUGGAGCUUCAUGCAAAAACAAGCAUGUAAGAAAGAAACUAUGCUACAACUACUUUCUUGGAUUUUGUCCAAAGGGCCCAACUUGUGACUAUGGCCAUCCCAAGUUCAACAUCAAUCCAGGGCGUGAGAUAUCCCGCUCUGACAUCAUCCAAAAGCCUUCGAACCUGGCUAGUUCCUAG